AAGGAGCUUCGGGAGCAGCGUGCGGCGCGGCGAGGCGAGGCGAGGCGAGCUCCAUGGCAAUGUGCGAACGGAACCCUCUGAGCCCGCCGGGCUACGUCGGACCUCUGUUGAAUUUGGCCCCGACUCCCGAGACGCUCUACUUGUCCAACUUGCGGGGCGGCAACGCCGGGGCGCACAUGCCCCCGCUGCACCCCCACCACCACCCUCACCAUCCUCACCACCCCCACCACCACCACCACCACCACCACCACCACAUCCCUUACAACAGGAGGCCAGAGCUGUGCACGCUCCCGUGGCCCGCGUCAAGUCCGUGCGCGUCCGGGACGCCCGCGCAGAGCCGCGCCUUCGGAACCUACUGCCCGACGUUUCGCUCCAACAACAACACCACCACCACCACCACCACCACCGGCAACCCGGCCAAGUCUCCCGGGGCAGAGCCGGCACCUCGGUGCCCCCAGGGCCCAGACCGCAAGGCGCCACAGUCGGGCGCGGCUCACGACGUUUACGCCGAGGAGCUGCAAGGCCACGGCGGGGGCCAGCGGGGUUACUCGGACGGGGGGCACGCUUCUGCCCAUGCCGGCCAUCUAGACCUGCACGAGUGCGCGCGACGACUUCAUGUAAACAACAAGCAGCACCAAACAGCUCGGCCUCCGUCCACUCUCACGUGCUUUGCUGAAGGUGGUGCGUGGCGCUCGUCGCAGCAGGUGAGGAGCAGGAAGAAGAGGAAGCCUUACUCCAAACCUCAGCUAGCCGAGCUGGAGAGCGAAUUCCUGCUCAACGAGUUCAUCAACAGGCAGAAGCGCAAAGAGCUUUCGGACAGGCUGGAGCUGAGCGACCAGCAGGUGAAAAUCUGGUUCCAGAACCGCAGGAUGAAGAAGAAGCGACUCAUGAUGCGAGAGCAAGUCUUCGCUACUUACUGAUGGACGAAAUAAAUAAAAAAUAAUAAUAAUCAUCAUCUUAAAAAAAUCAAUUAAAAAAAAAAAAAAAAGCAGCCAGCUCAUGUGUCAUGGACCAGCACAGCAGCGCCGCGUCACGUCACGGCACGUCACGACGACUGUGCUGGCUGGACUGGGCUGGGCUGGGCUUUUAUUUAUAAACGCGUGUGAAAUGCUUGCAAUCCCUGCAGUCCGUCACGGGAGACAUUUCGCAAUUGGCGGUGGAUUCUUUGGAGGCGACCCAAAUGCUCCACAGUGACUAGAUUUCAUGUUGUGCGUCUUUCCCAAUUCUGUCUUGUGUGUCUAUAUGCUCAAGUUCACGUUUAGGCCAUUUCGAUUGUAUAUUACAAAUAUGCAUGCUUGUUUACUAUUUGAUUUUUCACAUUUUAUUGUAAAUAAGUGUUGUUGUUGUUUUUUUAUUUGUUUUUUUUUUUUUCUUCCCCCAAACGCGGUUCGUGGAUGUUAAAAGUACUGAUGAUCACAUUAGAAUCGCUGCUCAAAUGUGAAUUAUUUUCCAGUGUGAAGAACAUAUAACGUUAUAGCAUAUUUGCCUAAGUCAUUUUUGAACGUUUUCGGGAUUUUGAAUUUUAUUUAUUUUUUAUUUUAAAAAAAUGCAACAAAUAACAUUCCAGUUGCUUAAAAGACUGAGAAUGUACACACACAAAAAACACACCACAAUUUAUCAAACAUAUUGCUGUUUUUAUUGUUGCCAGAAUAGCAUAGUUCCCUAUACGUCAUAUUUGAACAUUUUCGUAAUUUUAAGCUAGCACGUUAGUAUUUUUUUAAUUGGUAUUUUUUCGUGACACCAAAGUGACAGACAAUUAUGCUAUCAGUUUAACAAUAACCAAAAAAAAAAAAAAAAGCCAAAAAUGUCUCCUAAAAAUUGUGAGUUUAUUUUUUCUCUUUUUUCCGAAAACGCUCAAAUAUGCAACAUGGUAUUAGUUUAAUGAUAUUGUGGCAGUACGUUAAAAAUGACUUGGGUAAUUAUGCUAUCAUGCUAACGAUAUCAAGAAAAAUGUGUGUUUGCUAAAAAUGGUGUUCUCGUUUUCUGAAAACACUCAAAUAUGACUUCGGCAACUACAUGCUACUCAGCUAACAUAUUGUGGCAGUAAGUUCAAAAUGACUUAUGCUAUUAUGCUAAAGAUAAUGAUUUACUCACGAAAUUCUAUAUAGAAACAGGAAAACAUCUGUAUGGAAAAUGCUGACGAUUAAAAAAUAUAUAUAUAAUUGAGCACAUUUUUAAAUGUGUAAAUAAACGGUGAUUUCGAAGGGAAAUGCAUUCUCUGUAUUUGUCCAUGACAUUUGCAGAAUUAAAAUGGAAUAUUAUAUUCACGCAAUAUUAUUUUAGGAAAUGGCUUUUUUUUUUUUAACGUUAAUCCAACGUUAACCUACAUGUUUAAAUGAAAUACAUUUGUAUUGAGCCGGAUGACGUCAUGUUUAUAAUAAAUAGUAGUGAUCACCAAAUAUUCCCUUUUGAGUGCACUUCUGAUAACUAAAUGUAUUUCUUCAUUUUUCCUUUUU